UAAACCUGUUAUUGCAGCCUUCGUGUCUUUAACAAUGAAGCAACAACCGUAAAUGUGACUAUAUGUGUUAUAUGCGGGGUUUUAAAUUGACCUGGACACAUGAUAACAGUUCCCAGCAGCCCUGGCUUGUCAGCAGCUGGAGCCAUUUGUGGGUCUUUGUGCUAGAGAUGAGCUGUGCGAGUCAUUCUCUGUCCGUGGCGUUGAAUACAUCUAGAACUUUUGCUUUGUCGCGUCUGUAAAGGGUUUUUUAAGAAUUGCGGAUCAUCAUAUGACCUGAAGCUGAAAGUUCUGAUAAAGAUCAAAUCAUUCUGUCUUUCACAAUGAAGACAGACGUCGCUUACAACCAGCUGGUGGACGUGGAGAGGAGGAGACUAGAGGCCAACAGGAGAGCACAGAUGAACUCCAGGUGCGUCAUUGCUCUGGCCACUGUGGCCACUGUGCUGCUGGCCGCCACGGCCCUCUACAUCCUCCUGACACCGAGGGUUUCCUCCCACCAUCCGGCCCCGAGCAGCAGCCUCCGUCCGACCCGGGGGGAGUCCUGCUCAGACCCCUGCAAGAUCGUUGUGGUGGAGAGCAUCCCUGAAGGUCUGGAGUUUAACUCCAGCACCACGCACCCCUCCAUCUACCAGGCUUGGCUUAAUCUGAUGGGCGAGGCCCGCAGCAGCAUCGACAUCGCCUCCUUCUAUUGGACGCUCACUAACAAAGACACUGGCACUCAUGAGCCGACAGCCAAUCAGGGUGAGACCAUUCUGAAGACACUGGCCCAACUCUCCGGGAAGCUGUCUGUUCGUAUCGCAGUGAACACACCACAGGGGAGUCAACCGCAAGGAGACCUCAAACUGCUCAACGACUCAGGAGCUGAUAUCAGGACAGUUAACGUGAGAGAGCUCACCUCAGGCGUACUCCACACAAAGUUCUGGGUCGUGGACAAGAAACACAUUUACAUCGGCAGCGCCAACAUGGACUGGAGGUCCCUCACACAGGUGAAGGAGCUGGGCGUGGUGGUCUACAACUGCAGCUGCUUGGCUGCAGACCUGGGUAAGAUCUUUGAAGCCUAUUGGCUCCUGGGUGAGAGUCAGUCCAUCCCGUCGCCUUGGCCCACCAGCUUCUCCACCCUCUACAACAAGGACACGCCCCUCCAGCUGCCACUCAACGGCACGCCGUCCAACGUCUACCUGUCGAGUUCCCCUCCGUCCUUCUGUGCAGCGGGCAGGACUACAGACCUUCAGUCCAUCCUCAGCGUGAUGGAGGACGCCGAGAGCUUCAUCUACAUCGCUGUCAUGAACUACCUGCCCACCAUGGAGUUCUCCCAUCCUAAGAGGUACUGGGCCGACAUAGACACCCAGCUGAGGAAAGUCUGCUACGAGAAGCGGGUCAAGGUGCGCCUGUUGAUCAGCUGCUGGGCCAGCACCCAACCGGUCAUGUUUUCCUUCCUGAAGUCUCUGGCCUCGGUGUAUGACCCCAAGAGCAAACUGGACAUCCAGGUGAGGCUGUUUGUGGUGCCGGCCAGCCCCAAGCAGAAGGAGAUUCCCUUUGCCAGAGUCAACCACAACAAGUACAUGGUGACCGAUAAGAUAGCCUACAUAGGUACGUCUAACUGGUCAGGUGACUACUUUGAGAGCACGGCCGGCUCGGCGCUGGUGGUCAACCAGACUGCGUCCCAGUCACCGGAGCCGACGAUCCAGUCCCAGCUGAAAGCCGUGUUUGAGAGGGACUGGGACUCCGACUACAGCACCCCUCUCACCCAGCACACCAACCUCAAAGACUUGUGUUAGUUUAGGCCGCCGGUGUUACAGACACCACCAGCAGUGUGGACGCUUCUGCUCCUACACGUGCUGCAGUGCUAUAGUUGCACAUUUGUUUUAGUGUUUAAACUCAUAGAGACACUUGUUCACACUGGGAACAUGGAAACUCUUGAGUUGCGAAAUCAGCCACAGAUGACCUCUCAGCGGAGCGGAGUUUCCCCGCUGGCUAAGGUCUAAAGGAAGAUUAUUGAUUUCCAGUAAACCUGGCAUAUGACAGCUUUAGUGCUGAGCUCUAAUUUGACCAGAGUAAUGUGCCAUCAAACCAGUAAACAGCCCAGUACUGCCAGUCUUACACUGUCAAGGGUGGUUCACAGGUGCCUUUUAAAAUGUUUUAUUUUGUGAUACUAUCAAAGCUGGAAAACUUAGGAUUCAAACUAAGUGUGUUUGUGUGUGUGGUGUUGUGUGAAGUAAGACAGGUCAAAUUAGAGUUGCUCUGCUAUAACAUUGGACCAUGUUGGCGACAUUGUUAAACAUGAACAGGCAGUUGUUUCUCCUAAAUACCUCCAACAGACUUUAUUUGAUUGAAUCAAGUGGUUUCCGUCAUGUAGUGCGGUGCCAGUAGCAGAAGAGGGCGCUGUUUCAGCUUUUCAUUAAGGUCUGAUUCAGGGUGAGACACAGUGAUGAUUUCAACCGGCUCCCAUAGAACACCAUUUCAAGUGAUCAUUUAAUUGAUUACAUUACAUUACAGUCAUUUAGCAGACGCUUUUAUCCAAAGCGACUUACAAUAAGUGUAUUCAACAUUGAUCACUUUCUUGUUCAUCAGCCUCAGUGGGAGUUUUAUUUUUUCUAUCCCAGCUCACCUCAGGGGGUCAUGUUUUUUUCUUAAUGAAUCAUUUUUAGCUUGCUGGAGUCUGGAAUAAUUAAUGUUCAAUCUGCUGAGCUGUAAAUGAGAUGCAGGCUUUUUAAAUUCCACUCUCGGUCUCCAUGAAAUAAACUAAUUUAAUACUUAAUCAGCAGUGUACACAAUAGAUUGAGAGUUUACGGCGGCAGUAAAUUAACUCUUUUAAUUUCCACUGUGUGGAGUGAUUGAAAGAACCAAUUGGUGAAUAGGUGGUUGUCAUGGCAACUGUCUCCAAAGCGAGUAUUUGCAUGCUUAUAGAAUUAUUGUACAUGUCCUUAUCAGCUUCCUCUUUAUAAAGAAAUCUCUUUCAAUAAAUGUACUGGAAUCAAACCUGUUUAAAGUUCUUCACUCUGAUAUGCACAUAUUCAUUUAUUUCCAAUCUCUUUUACAACUACUACUGUUUGUUUCAUUCUAAUGUCAUACAACAACUUUCCUCAAGUAAAUGAGCUGCAGGAUUGAGGCAAGGAUUUUAGAAACACAGGUCGUGACUCUUAAUUCCCACCUAGCAACUUCACUACUCUAACUAACUUUAUUAGUCACAUUUUUAUUAUUAUCUUCUCCACACAUUCUCAGCCUAAAAAAUAAAUUGCAUUCCUUUCAUGAUCAUCUUAAUUGCUGCUUUAUACACAUUCCCGUCAAUGCCAGCAAUGAUUCGGUGGGGAGAAAUACUAAAACAUCAAAUUCCUAGAACCCAUAUUUAGUCCAACCGGAAUGGCCUCUGGAGCUGCAGUGCUAAUAAUAAUCUAAUAAUGUCACUGUGCAGAAGGUCUGUAGGCUGAAGGACGGCCUUCCCUCUCUCUCAGACUGGACUGUUUUACUGAGACACAGAAGGGAGCUCAGAGUGAAAGAGUGAUCUUACAAACAUAUAGUCAUUUAAAAUGCUGUUGCUGUUAGAGUGAAUUAAGUGUGGAAUAAAAGGUUUGUUUUCAUUGAUCAUUAUGAUCUCAUUCUGUGAAAUUCUGCUACUGAGUU